GUUGGACACAGGACUUUCCGGUAGCAUGAUACAUUGAUACAUUGAUACAUUGAUACAUUAGUACAAUGAUACUUUUCUUCAUACAAGUUGUUAUGUUUUGUACAGCAGUGAAAGGAGGUCCUUUAAAAUCCUGGAACUGGCAGGAAAAUAUACCAAUCAAUUCAAUCAAUCAAAUCGAUCUAUCGUCUAAUCAAUCAACCGGAUUACUCGAUAAGUCAUCAACCAAUGCCCUUGACCAAUCAACUAUUAAACACGAUCAAUUUCCAAACAUGGUUUAUCAAUACGACAAUGAACUUGAUCAAUCAAGCAAGGAACUCGUUCAAUCAGCCAUGGAUCUAAAUCAGUCAAACAUGGAACUCGAUCAGUCAAACAAGGAACUUGAUCAGUCUAGCAAGAAACUCAGUCAUUCAAGCGUGGAACUCGAUCAAUCAAACAAGGAACUUGAUCAGUCAAGCAUGGAACUCGAUCAAUCAGCCAUGAAACUCGAUCAGUCAAAAAUGGAUCUCAAUCAAUCAAGCAAGAAACUUAAUCAGUCAAACAUGGAACUCGACCAAUCAAGCAAGGAACUCGAUCAAUUAAAUGUAUGGUCAAAUGAAAAAUCUGGAACUAUCUUGUGGACAAAAAACAAAUACAGAAUACCCUUGGAUCUAAGGAACCGAGAUAAGAAAUUCAGUGUAACAUCUUUAAAAGAAAUUAUCAAUAUAUCUCAUUUACAAGAAAAUAGGACUGAUUAUGAGAAACCCGACUCAAGUCGUGUUAAGACAAGUAGAAAAGAAUAUGUUCCACUAAAUAGUAUGACUCUUCAAAAUAUAGCAAAACCUCAGUCAUAUUCAGCUGGACUGAGCUCCUCAUCUGCUACAACAACAUCCUGGUGGACUAAACCAAGUAGACGAUCCCCGGGACCAACAAGUACACCAACACAAGGCUUCACACAGAUUCCACAGAUCAAAACAACGACGAAGUUUAAGUUCUAUUAUCCUAUCAGAGAAGACGACAAUCAAGAAACUACAAGUAUUCAAGCGGAUGUAAACAGUCAAGAAACCAGCAGCAAACCGGAAAUUGAAGACUGGAAUUCAUUUAGGAAUAAAGAUUAA